GUUCCUCGAUCUGACCCGCAUCCCUUCACGCGCCUCCGCAUCUCUCUUGCCAGCCGUCUCACCUCGCUGCUCUCCAGCCCCCUCACUAGGCCUGGCGCGCACGCCGCGGCCGCCUUGUGCGGCCUCGCCCGCCCGCCGCCGCCCCUCCGCCUCGGCCCUCCCUCCUAGGCCCAGCCGCGCCCGUCACCCCCCCCCCCCCCCCCCCCGCGCGCGCUCUCCGCGUCGGCCCGCCGCAUCUCCGCAUGUGUGCCCAUACGCGGCCGCCUCUCCUUUCCUGUUGAUUAAGGCCAUUGCGUCCAUUGAUGCACACGAGCAGAUCAACACUGCAGUACAACACAAAGACCAAGCUGGUGGUAGGGAUGUUCAUACACGGUUUCAGCUGAAGCGUGUAAACCAGAAGAGAGCUAAUCCUUUUUUUUUUCUGAUAUUUAAUGCCAAUCCUUUCAGAAAAUCUCAGUUCAUUUCUUUCUUCUGAUAUUUAAUGCCAAUCCUUUCUUUAGUUUUUCGCCGAAGGCACUCUUCUAAUGCUUUUGAUUCGUAAAGUUUUAUCGGAUCAUGAACAAAUUGGACUGAAAGGUAUAAUUUUACAAGUCACAAUGGAUAUGAAUUCUCAGGUAUUGUAUCUGCCAAGAGCUUCAAUUAGAAAAGUUUGAAGAGGUGGACAUAUAUUCCAUUCAUAAGAAUUUGAUCUUUUCGAUCUAAUACCACGUUAUGCUUUCAUCUGAACAUGUAUCCAUCUUUUGUGCUCUGCCACAUUCCAAAUUUUGUACUGCCUAAUUUAUGUAUCAUCUCAUUUAAGACCCUCAACUAAUUUUUGUUUAACAGAGUUUGGGAUAACAUGGAGAACAUAAUAUGCUGAGGACGUUUUUUCCUUUUAGUUAUCUUAGAACCAUGAUGUCUCUUCUUUUCCAUUAUAGGGCCGUAUCUGGAAGCAGAGUAGGCGACAACCCUACACGUGAUCCGGCAAUUGGAAGCAGCAGAGGAGGGACUCGCCACGCGGCGUGGCAGAUAGUGAUUUGUAUUUGCUGUAGAGUAGGUUCUACCGGGUGUGCGACCAGCGCUCCCGGUGGGAGUAGCCCCCGAGUCCGGUUGCGACUGCGUGCAGUGGCGAUCGGACUUUAAAUUGUAAUCUAGUAACCUUGUAAACCUUUGAAGCUUAUGUUCUUUGGAAAGGAACAGUUUGAGUUGUUCUUUGACUCCGAGUCGAAUUCUGAUUUCCUGAAGAUGAACUCUGAUCGGACUCCGAAUACUCCCGGUAGGAGUAGCCCCCGAGGCUGUAGCGGAUUAUAAGUAGUCGGGUGCGGGCUCGAGCUUAAUAAUCUGCUUUCAACUGGCUGAUUAACAGAUAGGUCUCCUACGGGAAAGCAUGGAUUCUUCCGCUGAACUUGAGAUUAUGCACAUUCGCCUGAGACAUGCUGAAGACCAACUUUCGCUAGCACAAGAUGAAAUUUCCAUGCUCCGGUCGGAAAAUCAGGCUACGUCAUGGCGAGAAGACUUCCUUCUUGGGGAGGUGGUGAAACUGAGUUCUGACUUGCGAGAAAUGAUGCCAGAACCGUAUGUUGAAGCUGAGUGUGUGAAGAGUCGUCUUGAUGCGAUAACGCAGUCGGGUCCGAUGACCCCAGCCUUCUGGUCGAACCGCGAGAAGGGUUAUAUCCUUGCAUUGCUACAAGACCGAGUUGCAAGAGCUGUGACCUGUCUGAAGUCCUGCAGCCACUGCAUGACUGAAGUGCACCACAACUUGUUUCUAGAAUUGCCUGUUCCGGUCGAUCUGAAAGGUUUGAUCGAGAGAUUCUGCGAGGUUGCAAUGGUGAGAGGGGCUACGCACGAACAACUGGUGGAAGGGGCGGUGCUGGCCCUUGUGUUUGUUCGGCUCCGCUACCCCCCAUUGAACUUGGAUUUCCUGCACCUUACGACUUCCUCUGUGCCAGAUGAUGCUCAGCUGGGUCCGAUUUACGAUGCAAUGGAGCACACGGCGCGCCAGCUGGUCACCCUUAUGGCUUUGGAGUAGAGUAGCCUUUUUUAUCCGCUGUAGAUGUAGGCGUAUCGGUGUCAGUGGUGUAUCUACCGGGUGCGCGACCAACGCUCCCAGUAGGAGUAGCCCCCGGGUCUGUGGACCCAAAUACUUUGAGCU